UGUACGUGUCACGCAAUAUCACAAAGGAAUAAUUUGACUGACAACUCAUAGGCAAUAUACAGUUUUCACAACAUUCAGUUUUAACCACAAGUUUUGGAAUGGGACAGUCAUUUUCGGCCCUUGGAAGGUGUGCGAAAAGAGUAGAGAAGAACCAGCGACGCGCAGCCAAACAACUGCGAAAAUUGUCCACCGAAAUGAGACGAUUUGAAGUAGCAAGCUACUUGGCCAGGAUGGCGAACGGAUUUAGAGGCAUAGACCAGUCUGCAUUGGUUCUGGCAGGGACGAAACUCGGCCUUUCGGGUACACUUGUGAGCUUGGGCAUUGCAGCAUCGUCCGUGAUAACGUCCUUCCUUACCUCCAGAACAAUGGCCCCUUUUAUGACUAAGAUACAGACUGCUUUGAAUGAACUGGACGGCGACCUUAGAAGGCUUGUUGAAGAACUGAAGAAGAAUCUUGACGAAACUGAUGCUGCUAACAUGGAGCGUGGCCUGAGAAACAGAACAGUAAUUACUAUCAGUAGCAAGCGACAGAAUGCUAGAAAGGCUGUUCAAGUUGUCAACCGCACAAUCGAGGCGUUGAACCUCUUUGAGCAACAAAAUGGUUUGCCAGGAAUUGUUUCAAGGAUAAUUGAUUAUCUAACAUCAUUCUUUCAUCCCGUCGUUGAUGAGGAACUCCCUGUACUUCAAAUCACAGCAAUCGUGGAAUGUUGCCUAAAGGACACUCACAACGUGACGACAACUGCCGAUCUCCUUGAUACAAUGGCAGGUAUUCUUGAGAGGUAGUUCGGUUAGUUUACAUCUUCACGGACCGACCAAAGAAACUUUACCUAAACUGUCUAGCUUAAAAGAUAGAUACAUAAAGUGAUAUCCAUUGGAAAGAGCCAUCUCAAUGAAAUCAACAUUUAAACUGACAGUCAUACAGCUGCCUGAUUGGCAUUUUAGAUGAUGCUGUUUGAUGGACAUAAAGAAUUUCACGAAAUUGACUGGGAAACUGAAGUCAUCACAAAAACAUCAGUGACUGGCGGAAACGCAAGCUGUUUAAAGCUAUCUUCAUAAAACAUACAAAACCAGCAAUAAACAGGGAUGAGUAUGUCUACCUCACGACUGCAUGGUUCAUAAAACAAUAGAUAACAUCAUACCAUCGUCACUGUUUCAUAAAAACACUGUACCCAUGUAUGAACCAUAAUUUCUAUGUAUACACUAUAAUUACUUUGCAUUCUAUAUAAUUAUGUAUAAAUAAUUAAAUUUUUAUUGUGUUCAUUAAAAUUCUGGC